CUAGGCCAAUUAGGGCUCUCAGUGAUCGAUUGAUGUGUAUUCACCCGGAAGUGAUUAGCAUCCAGGAAGUUGAUCGUCGCCAUAGAGUUGAGGCCGUGCCUACGGAACCGAAGGUAGCCGUGAUGAUGGCUGCGGAGAGUCCCUGCUACCCGCGGACGUCCAUUGAGGACGAUUUCAACUAUGGCACUAACGUGGCAUCUGCUAGCGUGCACAUCCGCAUGGCUUUUCUGCGCAAAGUCUACAGCAUUCUUUCGAUUCAAAUUUUCUUAACUACAGUGACUUCUGCAGUUUUUCUGUACUCUGACACCAUUCGGGCAUUUGUACACGAAAGCCCUGCUUUACUUCUGAUAUCCUUGCUUGGUUCUUUGAUUGUGAUUGUGGCAUUAACUCUAUACAGACAUCAGCAUCCAAUUAACUUAUAUCUUCUCUUUGGAUUUACCCUUUUAGAAGCACUGACUGUUGCUGUUACAGUGACUUUCUAUGAAGUAUCUGUUGUCCUACAAGCCUUUAUUCUGACGACUGCUGUGUUUGUGGCUCUCACUUUGUACACUCUGCAGUCCAAAAGGGAUUUCAGCAAAAUUGGAGCAGGGCUGUUUGCUUGCUUAUGGAUACUUCUGCUGUCAAGCUUUUUAAAGCUCUUUUUCUAUAGUGAAGCACUAGAGUUGGUACUUGCCGCUGCAGGAGCCCUUGUGUUCUGUGGAUUUAUCAUCUAUGACACUCACCUGCUAAUGCACAAACUCUCCCCUGAAGAAUACAUAUUGGCUGCAAUCAACCUCUAUUUGGACAUCCUCAAUCUGUUUCUACACCUGCUGCGUUUGCUAGAAGCAUUUAAUAAAAAGUAAUUGGGAGUUAUCUCAGAAGUUUGAAUUUGGAUGUGGCAUCAAAAAAGUUAGUAAGACCUAGAAAAUCUGCAGUAUGUUCAGAGAUUGAAGCUUGUUUUUACAUUCCAUGGUGGUUUCUAUAUAAAGGGUGUUUUAGAUAACUGAUGUUUCUGAUUCUAUUCUGAGACCAGUUAAUUACAUAUUGUAGUCAUCUUGCAUAUCGUUUUUGAUUGAAAGAGUUGCUCAUCAAUCUCCAUUUGUGCCAAUAAGCACUAUUAAAAUUCUGUUUUAUGCAAUAAUUGCCGCAGAUGUGUCCUUUGAGAUUCACUGGCUGGAUAGCAUAAAAUUGAGUCUCUUUAGUAUUGAACAUCAAAGCUUUAAAUAAGCUAAAAUUUUGUUGUUGGUCAUCUGUGAAAGCAUUUCGAUUUGAAAGAAUUAUUCCACCGCUUGGAUAUACUACUUCUAAAAGGUUUUUAAGUACUUCUAGUUAAAUACUGUUAUUUCCAAAUGUUGCAAUAUUUUGGAAGAAAUAAGCCUCUGCUCAUUUGGGAUGGGAGGAACUUGAUUCCAAAAAUGAGUAACUAAUAAAAGAUGGAAAUGAUUGUUUGGCAGUAGUUUCUUCUGUUUUGAAGGUCUGCACCAGGUCUGUUUUUGGUUUGUGAAAAUUUAAGAAGUUCAAAACUGUUUAUAUAUAAUAUAUACACAAACACCAUAUUCUCAUGUUUUCUGUUGAUCCUUCCAGAAUGCUGGAAUAGUGUGAAAUAUGUUUUGGCCCGUUUUUCCAAGGCUUUUUCAUUAACUGCUAAUAAGGGGUAAAACACUUCUGUGCAUUGGAGUAUUUAUUGAAUGGUGUUUUGUACUGACUGUACUGUGAAGUGCUGGCAGUACAGGAGAAGCAAUUACAUUCCAUCUGCUCUUCUUUGGGGAUGAUAUUAAGAACUUAUGAAAAUAAAUGUUAUGAAAUGUU